GGACACAAAAGUAAAUCGGGAACAGUUAGAUCAAAUUUAGGCAAUGAUGUGUUGUUUGGCAAUAAUAACUGUUUGCUGCCAUCAUAUCAAUGAUUUCAUAAUUGCCAUCAAAGACAACAACAAUAACUGUUGUCAACAACAAUGAGUGACAAAACACCGGUUCCGAGUAGUGGCCAACAAUCGGACAACAAGUUGACCGCAGCCGAGGCCAACCAUUUGCUAACAGUUAUGAUGAGAGCAAAACAAUUUGAAGCCCAAGAGCUGGCACUCCAGAGUCAACCAAUUGAAGGACAGUUAAACAAAUAUACUAAUGUUGUAAAGGGAUGGCAAUAUAGAUGGUUUGUCCUCAACCCAAAUCGCGGGACACUUGAGUAUCAUAUGUUGGAAGAAAAAAAGAAGUCUCAUCCGCGCGGAUGUGUAUAUCUGGCCGGUUGUGUGAUAUCGCCGUCCGAUGAGGACUCGCAAACAUUUACAGUUUCUGCCGCUUGCGGUGAGGUCUACAAGUUGAAGGCGGCCGACGCUAAAGAGCGACAAUUCUGGGUCAAUAAACUAAGACAAGUGGCCUUAAAUCAAGAGAACCGUAUCGCCGCACAGCACCCGCCACUGCACUCAUCAGUAGCUAAUACAGUGUCGACUACCGGCUCAAUGAAGUCGUCAACCAAAUCGAUGAAACGUCAAACCAUUGGUGGCGGUACCGCCGGUAACAGCUCAUCACUGGAAACGGUUCGCGAUAUACUCGUUCAAACUCAACGAUAUCAACGAACUUUAGUUAACUCUAUUGAAGAUUAUACCUGUAAUGAUGAGGAACUCCUACUGAUGAAGGCUACUACCUAUUCGGCUGUUAUGUCAUUAGAGCAAUGUUUUGCUAUAUUGUUGUCGAUACAGAAUUCAAAAUUAAACUAAACUUAGAUUUAAAUUAUUGGUUGUUAUAAAUUUUUUAUAGUAUUUUUGUACAAAUAGUUAAAUUAAAAAUCGCGUGAAAAAUCAAACGUUGAAUCAAUUAAUUUUUUAAAAAAAAUCUGUAUUGUCAUCCGAUCCG